AUGGAUAAAGAGAGCACUACAGCAUAUCAACAAGCAAAAACUUUUAAAUCUAAGAAUCCGUUCAUUAUAGUUUUUAUGCAACCAUCAUAUGUCUCUGCUCCAUUCAAUCUGUCCAUAGCGUCGAAGUUUGCUAGGAAGUAUUUCCUUGAGAACGAUGGCAAUCUAGUGCUUCGUGUUCCAGGAAGUGGAUCUUGGUCUGUCAAAUGCACUAUCGGAACAGCAAAUGCUAAAGUUGGUUCUGGUUGGAAGGCAUUCGUGUUAGAAAAUAAGUUAAAAGUUGGAGAUGUUUGUGUAUUUGAAGUGCUUAAGGGACAGCUCUUUGUAGAUGUCAUAAUAUUUCGUGUAGCUGGGAGCACACUUAUGCACGAUAUUGAUAUUGUUGAUGUUGAUAAUCACUUGGCUGCCGUGAAAAUGUUGAAGAUAUAA